CCUAUCAAUAAGGUUCCCUUAGUCAAGGUGGAGGAUGGGAGCAGAAUGGAACUGUCCCAGCUCCUCAAUGAGAUCAGGGCAAACUAUGAAAUGCUCAUCACCAGAAAUCAGAUAGAGACCGUCCUCUCAACAAGAACCCAGAUAGAAGAAGCUACAAGUGAAAGAAUGGAUAAAGAUGAAGCAGCUUUAAAGGCAGCCAGAGCAGAGCUCACUGAAGCCAGGCAACAAUGGCAUCGUAUGCAAAUUGAAAUUGAAUCUCUCCAGGCUGUGGAAAGAGGUUUGGAAAGUUGUCUGCAUGCCACAGAGCAGCAGUACCAGAUGCAACUGCAGAAUUUACAAGCUGAGAUUGAAGGUUUAGAGAAGGAGCUAGAGCAAGUGAGGAGAGGUAUUGAGAAACAGCUUCAAGAGCAUGAAAUACUACUGAACACUAAGAUGAGGCUGGAGCAGGAGAUAGCAACGUAUCGCAGUUUGCUGGAGAAAGAGGAAAACAGGUUUCAUUGUUCUACACAUGAUAGAAAAGAUGACAGAAAACCUACCACCAGCAAGACAGCUUCUAUCCCACUUUCAACUGGUGCCGUAAAGAAGCAUGAAGAUGAAAAGGUGGAAAAACUGACAAAGCAAGCAAUCUUAAAUGGAAGCAUUGUGAAGGAAAGUGCUGAAGCUCAUGGCACUAUACAGACAGAAAAAGUGGAUGAAGUUAUUAAAGAAUGGGAAGGAUCUUUCUUUAAGGACAAUCCUCAUUUAAGGAAAAAGUCUGUUUCUUUGCGCUUUGAUCUCCACCUAGCAGCAACAGAUGACGGAUGUUUACAGACUAAACAAAAUAACCUACCUGACAUUGAAGUCAGGCUGGUAAUGAGGAGGUCUUGCAGUAUUCCAUCUAUCAAACCUUAA